CGGCCCUGAAGGCAGCACGCGCCGCCAGGUGAGCCUCGUGUGAACUCACCUGAGUGAAGGCGCGGCGAGGCACGAGGAAGUUUUCCGGUUCAGACAGACAGAAGUCCAGCCAAUAGGAGCGGCUCGUUGCUGAUAUGGCGACUCUGUGGGAUGACCUGGACAGUCUGGUGAACUCCCCGUCCUCCUUCUCGGCCACGAGCGGAGAGAGAGGAACCAUCAAGGCCAAAGCCGACUUUGAUGCAGGAGACGACGCCGUGGCUCUGAGGAAGGCCAUCGAAGGCCUCGGCACCAGGGAGAAGACGCUGAUCGACGUCCUGACCCGCAGGAGCAGCGCUCAGCGGCAGCUCAUCUGUGCAGCGUACCAGGAGGCCACGGGCAGAAGCUUAGAGGAGGACCUGAGAGGGGACACCCACGGCGACUUUGAGGAGGUGCUGGUGGCGCUGGUCACGCCCCCCGCGGCGUACGACUGCCACGAGGUCGCCCGCGCCAUGAAGGGGCUCGGGACCGCCGACAGCGUCCUGAUCGAAAUCUUUGCCUCGAGAUCGAACCAGCAGAUCAAAGCACUCAGUGAAGUUUAUCUGGAAGAAACAGAGAAGAAGCUGACCCUCGACCUGAAGAAGGAAGUUUCUGGACAGUAUUCCCAAGCCCUGCUCCUCUUGGCCGAGGGCAAGCGGGACGAAAGUACCACCGUAGAUCCAGAGAAAGCAAAGGAAGAUGCCAAGACUCUGUACGACGCCGGGGAGAAGAAGUGGGGCACCGACGAGUCCAAGUUCAUCGACAUCCUGUGCCACAGAAGCAUUCCUCAGCUCCGACAAACUCUCAUCGAAUACAAGAACAUCAGCGGGAAAAGCCUCCAGCAAAGCAUCGAAGGAGAGAUGUCGGGAAAACUGGAAGAACUGCUGGUGGCCAUCGUGAAAUGUGUCAAGAGCGUCCCGGCCUACAUGGCAGAGCGUCUGUACGAGAGCAUGAAGGGUGGUGGGACGGACGAGGCCACUCUGAACCGGAUCAUGGUGAGUCGGUCUGAGAUCGACCUGCUGGACAUCAGGGCCGAGUUCAAGAAGCUCUACAGCUACUCUCUGCACUCCGCCAUCGAGUCGGAUCUGUCGGGCUGCCACGGCGAGUGUGUGAAGGCCAUCUGCGGAGGGGACGACUAGCCGCCCGUCCGUCCCAGGCCACGAGGACACCCGCUGCCCGUCUGACCCACUUCCGACUGCCACGGGGAUUAUAGAAAGACUCUGCUCAAAAUCUGUGGAGGGGACGACGACGACUCCUGACGGCGCUCGGUGUGACAUCACACUCAUCCCUCCUCUCUCCCUCUCUCUCUCUGUGUUUAUUUCCAUUUAUUUCUCAUGCUUUAUUAUGCCUUAUCAUCUAUUUCUCCUCAUGUUCUUUUCCCAAAACUGCACAAUGAUUUUAUUCCACUGCAUUAAAGGGAACUUCCAUCCAAAAACAACUAAUUAAAAACAACUUUUGGCUGAGCA